AAUGCGUUGUUUUAUUUAAUAGCAAGGUGAAAAUAGUAAUACAAAAUGAUUAUAAAAUGUUGUACAGUAUUCGUUGCGGAUCUUAUACGCCGCCACGGUGUUUUUGUUUACAUUUUUAUUAUGCUGUUGCACGGUUGUGGUGUCAAGCAAAAAUCCAGCAAUUCGCGACAUUUAUGUGUCAAUUAUUCUUUGACAGUUAAUGAUCACUACAAGUACCAGCAUUUAAGUCUUUUGUACACAUACACACACAUACAUAUAUAAAUGAUAAUAAGUUUAGCUAUAUAAUAUAUGUAUAUGCAAGUGUGAUGUUUCAGUUGAGACUCAAUGGAAAAUAUUUCAUAGAUUGUAUUCAUAACGAAUGAAGGAGUGAAAUACUAGCAAAUGAAGUUUAGUGAAAGAGAAAAGUGUCAACCGAAAUACGCCAAAAGCAAGCGAAAGCACUGGCCAAUUCAUUGCAACGUCCGUUUACUUCGGAUACAAAUAUCUUACAUUUGUUUUUUUUGCUGCUAAAAUUGUGUUUGCGUUUUACUUUUUUACCGCAAUUUAUCACAUUUUUAAUUGCUUUCAACAUAAAAUUCAAUUAAAUCUACAAAUUGCUCCGUUCGCCCAGCAUUUGUUAACCGAAUACGAGCUAAACGAAUGAUAAUUGGAAGUGUCACGCUACUUUAUGAAAAAGGUCAAUUACAAACCACACAUACGUGCAUAUAUGUGUGUGUGUUUAAAUACAUUUUCUGUGCAAUCGUAUUUGUAAUGUGUCUUGAGUGUGCUUAAGGUAAUUUUGCGAAAACUCAAGCCGUGAGUGUAUGUGUAAAUAUGUAUACAAACAAUUGUGAUCGUUUUGUGAGCAUCGCUGCGGCACAACAAACACAACGCCCACUCGUCAAAGGGCGCCAGCAGCGAACAUUUACGCUCGCACCCACAACACGCAUAAACACAAGCAAAGGAUGCAUCCCCUCUUAUAGUACUCACCGUGAGAAAUGUCGGCGAAAUACGAGUACAAGUACACGAGCUAUUCUCUCGUAUGUGAUUCGUGUUCUGGCGGCAAACAGUAGGAGCGGUUUAUUUGGCCUCCUUUUGGUAUUUGUUUGCACUAAUUUCGUCGAUUUGGUAAAGGCGCGCGCGGCUGGCAUGGACAAUGUGGCGGCAGCUACAUUAAUUACAACAACAGUUUUGCAUGCAAAUCACAAGCAAAAUCAUCGCAGCGCAAUGCUGUACGCACGCAAUAAUUUUACCGAUCUAUCAGAAAUAAGUUCGAUGGAUUUGAUUGAUGGAAAAGGUGGCUCUGGCGUCGACAUAGAUGAUAGUGGCAGUAUGCCAGAUGUUGCAGUGCCAUCGGCGGCGCGCACGCCAGACCCAAGAACCAAUGCAGCAACAAUAAUAAAGAUUAAUAAGGGAAUUGGAUACAAAUAUAACAGCUAA